AUGUAAAGGAAUUAUUAUAAUGACUUAGAAAUAAAUAGAGAUGCCACAUAAAGUAUGAUUGCACAUGCAUAUUGCAAAUUAUCACUUAAAUAUCAUCCAAAAUAUAAUUCCGAAAAUCCUUAUUUAACUUAUAAAAAUUUUUGUUUAGUUUCUGAAGCAUAUUAAGUUUUAAGCGAUCCAAUAAAAAGAUCAUUUUAUGAUAAAUAUGGUGAAUUUAAAUUAAAAGAAGGAUUUUUUAGUUAAUAAAGUAAUAAAAAAAUAUAUAAUAUUAAAACAUAUAUUUUAUUUUUUUAACAAAAAUAAAAAAGACUUGAAAGUUAAUUAUAAAAUAAACAAAAAAAUAUAACUAAAAAAUAAAAAAAAAAGGGAGGAUAUAUAUUCGAAGGAAAUCCAGAAGAAAUUUUCGAAAAAUUUUUUGGAACAGGAAAUCCUUUUAAACAAACAUAUGAUACAACAAAUAAAUAAGAUAUAGGUGAAUUAUUUAGAUAUCCAUUUGCCCAUUUAAAUAAAAACUUAUCAAUGCCAAAAGAUUUACAUGUAGAAAUUGAAUGUACAUUAAAUGAGUUAUAUAAUGGUUGUAUAAAGGAAAUUACAUAUAAAAGAACUGUAUUUAUAUAUGUGAUUAUAUAUAUAUAUGUUUUUUAGAUAUUAAAUAAAGAUGGAAUAACAACAAAAGAAAUAACUGAAAUAAAAAAAAUUGAAAUUAAACCAGGAUUUUAUAAUGGUUAAAAAAUAGUUUAUUAAGGUUUAGGUCAUUAAGAACCUGGAGUAGAAAAUUCUAAUUUAGUUAUUACUAUUAAAGAAUUACCACAUAAAAAUAUUAAAAGAGUUUAAAAUGAUUUUAUUUAUUUACAUAAAAUUAACUUGAUUGAUGCUUUAUCGGCUAAAUUCGUUGAGUUUAUUACUUUCGAUAAAAGAACUAUUCUUAUACCUAUGGAUUAAGUAAUUAAUCCAUAAACAGUAAAAAUGGUAGAGGGUGAAGGAAUGCCUAUUUAUAAUUCCGAAGAAUUUAAAGUGGAGAAUUUCAAUUAGUAAGCUUAAAAAGGUGAUUUAUUUAUAAAGUUUGAUAUAGAAAUACCUAAAAUAAUUAAUGAGGAAAAAAAAGAAUAAUUUGAAAUUUUACUAGAAGAAAUGUAAAAUUGA